ACACCGGUGGAACUGUGACCAGCAGAUAGGGCUCAACUGCGCGCGCAGCUCCCGGAAGUCCCGCCCAAUUGAGUGGUUCCUUGGGUAAGAAGUGCCGUUUUGGCGGGGAAUUGUGACGUGUGUAGAUCAUGUGUACCUGCUCCUGCGGCUGCCAAUGAACUGGUCGGCGGGACAGCGAAUCUGAUCGUCUGGGUCUCGGGACCCUGGGGAACCGCGAGGCUACCAGAAGCGGGAGUGUGGGAACUGGAGGGCUGCCUCCGCCGCAACGGCGAGACGGAAGUCUAGCGGCCGCCCGAGCCCGGCUUCCUGGCGGUACGCGGUGCUCUCGGAGCGGCAGUCCCCGGGCUUCUGGGCCUGGCAGGCCCGGAGGCCUGGCGCGAAGAGGCGGGUCCUCACCCGGUGAGAAGGGGAGCUGGAGCCGACUGUCUGCAGCGCGGGGAGCCGGAACCACUCACCGGCCCGAGACCGCCGCGCUCUCGAAGGAACGUUCAUUCAUUCCCUUGCUGGACGCAGGGCAUAACUGUUCGCCUGACAUCUCGGCGCCUGUCUGCCUCGGGCCUGGGGAAGUUCAGCCUGUCUGGAUUCCAGUACGCUGCUUGCAUGUCCGAAUAAAAACUAAACCGCUCGUUGACUUUCUCCGUACUGUGUUUAGCCGGAAGACUGGUUUCUUCUAGCUGUUGACAUAGGCCUCGUUAGCGUCUGAAGAUGGCUGAAUCCAAAGAAACCAUCCCUUCCUUAGGAGAAUGUCAGUGCGGCAUCUGUAUGGAAAUCCUACUAGAGCCGGUAACCCUUCCUUGCAACCACACGCUCUGUAACCCCUGCUUCCAAUCCACUGUUGAAAAGGCCAACCUGUGCUGUCCCUUCUGUCGCCGACGGGUCUCUUCGUGGACUCGGUACCAUACCCGAAGAAAUUCUCUUGUCAAUAGAGACCUGUGGGAGAUUAUUCAAAAACACUAUGCAAACGAGUGCAAGCUUAGAGCCUCUGGGCAGGAAUCAAAGGAAAUCAUUGAUGACUACCAGCCAGUUCGUCUGUUAAGUAAACCUGGGGAGUUGAGACGAGAAUAUGAAGAGGAGAUAAGUAAGGUGGAGGCUGAACGACAAGCCAGCAAGGAAGAAGAAAAUAAAGCCAGUGAGGAAUACAUACAGAGAUUGCUGGCAGAGGAGGAGGCGGAGGAAAAGAGACGGACGCAGAAGAGGAGAAGUGAGAUGGAGGAGCAGCUGAAAGGCGAUGAAGAGCUGGCAAGGAGGCUCAGCGUCAGCAUCAACAGUAACUACGAGAAAAAUAUCUUGGCUUCUCCUUCGAGUUCCAGAAAAUCUGAUGCAGUCACAAACAAGUCACAAAAGAAAAAUACAAACAAACAAAAGAACUUUGGAGAUAUUCAAAAAUAUUUGUCACCUAAAUUGAAGUCUGGGUCAGCAUGGCCAUGUGAAGCUGUAUGUGGAGAAGAUAAAAGCUGCUUAUCUAAGGAAAUUGACAGUAGUGACAUGAAGAGCCCUGUGUGGCAAGACACAGAAAUUGAAAAAGAUAUGCCAACACUUUCUCCUCAGAUAUGCCUAGAAACCCAAGAACAAGGUUCAGAGUCUUUGGCAGAGUCACCUGUGCCAUGGUUACGUGUCAGUGAUGCCGAACAGUGCCUUGAAGGAACAGUUGAGACACUAUCAACCAAUCAUGAUGAUUUAUGUGUUGUAAAUCAUGAGGGAUCUAAAGCCAAAGUUUCCUACUCUAAUGAAGCUACAGUUAAGCCUUCUGGUAAAAUAGAAAAUGAAGAAUGCUCUGUGUCAGGUAUGGCCCAGUUAGCUGGCGGUAACAGAGUUCCAGAAAGUAGAGUACCUCAUCUAGUAGUUGGAAAAGAGAUUUCCGAAAAAGAAAACCAGGAGUCUGUGUCUGAAGUAGUCAUGGAUCCAUGCUUUUCUGCAAAAAGAAGGAAAGUGGUCCUCAAAUCAUCAGAUCAAGAAGAAACAGAAGUGAAUUUUACACAAAAACUGAUAGAUUUGGAACACAGGCUUUUUGAGAGACAUAAGCAAGAAGAACAGGACCGAUUGUUAGCAUUACAGCUUCAGAAAGAGGUAGACAAAGAACCGAUGAUGCUUAACCGACAAAAAGGAUCCCCAAAUCAGUACCAGUUGCGCACAUCUUCACCACCAGACAGGCUGCUGAGUAAACAGAGGAAGAAUUCCAAAGAUAGGAACUCUGCAAAGCCCACUAAUUCAGAGAGGUCCAAAUCUCAGAGGAGCACAAAAGAUGAAUAUUGGCAACCCUUUAAAAGCACAUGGAAGGAGUCAGUUAAUGGAAGAAAGAUGCCAAGUUCUACUAAAGAUGAUUGUAGUAAUGUAUCUAAGCGCACUUAUUCCCUACAGUCUAGUAAUUCACAGAAAAGUAUUAUCCAGAUGUUUCAGCGAUAAACCAAGCAAAGCAUGGCUAAAGAGAGUGUCUUGUAAUCCAGUAAAGCUGUAUUGUAAAGCUAUCUCUUUCCCAUCAUAAAACUUUGAGAUGUCAUUAACUUCUGCUCAGCAAGCACGCUUACUCACUUUUCUAAGGGGUGAUUACAAAGGAAGAGUACAAAUAUGUAGACUUUUCUGCAAAAGUCAGUGGCAAGGAAAGGUCCUUAAGAAUUGUUUGUGUUGUCAGUACUGCUAUGUUGUAAUUGCAGCAGUCUUUACAAGUAUAAAAUGCCUAGGUGGGACAUCUUCAGGUGCCAUGAAUGGGUAAGGAAUCCGCAAGGGUAUUUUCCAUAACACUAAAGUAGUUUAUUCCCAUACCUGCUUUAAGCAUUCUAGCAUUUCCUUUGGUUUAAGAUGGACUAGGAUCUACAUCAAGUAAUUGACCAAAGGGCUACUAGGUGGUUAACACAGAAGGAUUUAAGAGUGGGAUGGGACUGAGUGGUGGGUUGGCAGUUAGGGGUCACUGGAACUGUAACCAGAAACUGGGUCUAGAAUAGGCACUGGAUUUCUUGUGGCACAACAUGAACCCUUCUUUUUUUGGGGGGUGGUUUCCAGACAGGGUUUCUCUGUAUUGUAAUGGAGCCUGUCCUGGAACUCGGUAGACCAGGCUUGGCCUCGAACUCACAGAGACCAGCCUGCCUCUGCCUCCCGAGUACUGGGAUUAAAGGCGUGCGCCACCAACGCCCAGCUCCAUGAACCCUUCUUUAGGUGCCAAAAAAUAUUUUGGGUUUUCAGCUUUUACAUCAUGGUAUCUUGGCAAAUAUUGGGAUAUUUCUACUGAUCUCUUCUAGAAAAAAGGAAAUCUACUGCAGGAAAAUUAUACUGUAGGCUUCUGUUGCACACUGUCAAUAACCACCCUUAUUGUUUACUGGCUCAUACUUUUUGUUUGUGUGCAGAGAUGGAAAGUGGUAUGUGGGGUUUUCCCAGGCUUCCCCUGAAAGGUAAUUCAAAGAAAACUGACUUAAUCUUAGGAAGUUUAACUUUACUAUUAUCUUUCCACUAGUAUCUGGUAUCCUGACAUCCAUAUACUGUGAACAUAAUGAACUGCCCUGGUACAGAGUUUGGCUUGAUCCACAUUUUUGUCAUUUGAGCUUUUUCUUCCAAGUUUUGAGAUUGUUUUUAUGUUUAUCUUGGCAAAUUUUUUUCUAAGAGCAAUUUAACUUGAUGCUUUAAGUGUUGGAACACCACAUUAAAAGCUAUCACAUUGAAUCUUUGUGGAAUAUUUCAUGACCAAAAGGAAAAAGAAAAAGAGGAGUGAUAUGGUUAGAAUUUAUGUACUUCUCCACCAGCUUGCCCAGGGGGAAGUCAUCUUGAUUGAAGUUGGUUUUGAGAUUUGUCAUUUCUCUUUUAGCCUUUCUGUUAUUCCUAUUGUUUAUGCCUUUAUGUUAGAAAGUAUUACAUUUUUCAUUGGUCAUUGGUGAACUGUUGUUUUCCUCAUCUUUGUGGAAAACAUUUAAUUUUAUCAGAAUACUAAAGCUGUGCAGAUGUUAGAAAUAAAAUUUAAAAGAGACUGGGCAUGGUGGUACAUGCCUAACUAAUUUCAGUGCUUGGGAGGCAGAGGCAGUGGCAUCUCUGAGUUCUAAAUAUAUAUAUAUUUCAUUGAUUAAAAGAAUGAUUAAUAAAAA